CUAUUUUUUUCGAAAAAAUCCGAAUCUGAUCAAACGAGCCAUUGGCGAUAUUCUGAAGUAUUGUAACCUGUGUACGCAUUCAGCCAAUUGGCGAAUAUUUUUGAUUAGAAUUUGUAAACAACCGUCGGUGUUCUGUUGUAAACGUUCUUCGUAAAAUUUAUAUUUAUUCUACAAAUGUUAUAAAUUUCAGCAUUAAUUUAAUUCUUAGUGUUAUGAAUAAUGGUAUUUAAAUGCUGUGUACCAAACUGUAGAGGAAAUUACAAAGUUGAUGGUACAAAAGUAUCUGUUUUCGGAUUUCCCAAAGAUGAAGAAUUACGUAAGAAAUGGCUUGCCGCCAUACCAAGAGAUUUUGAAGUUACAAAGAAUUCUAAAGUAUGUGAGAUGCAUUUCAAGGAAAAUGACAUUAGGAAAGCUGUGGAAUUUGUUUGUGAAAAAACUGGAAAGAAAACAGUUGUGCCCUAUGAACAACCAAGGUUAACAAAGGAGGCUAUUCCAUCUAUAUUUCCUGGAUGUCCAGAAUAUAUGACCAAAAAUGAGCCAAUUCGAGAAGAGCCAGAGGCAAAGAGAAAAAGAAUAGAAAUGUGCCAGUUGGAAAGCGUCCUUGCUGAAAGUUUAGAACUUUAUGAACAGCAUAAUGUAAAAUUUAAAGUAGAUACUCUAAUUGAACUGAUAGAAAAAUCUAGUUUAGUGGAUUUAAAUGGUGUUUUUAAUCCGGUAAGUAUUGAAAAUAGUUUUUCUUUUGUGAAAAUCAAAUUUGUUGAUCAGGUUCCCACAUAUAUUACUGUAAUAGUUGAUCAAAAUCUAUCUUUAAGUGUUUUUAUUGAUAAUGUAAAGAUUAAGAAACUUCAUGAUUUAACAUUUCCUCUAAUCAUCAGUAAUGUUCAGCAAAUUUCAAAUGUUUUAUGUUAUUUAAAUAAGUCUAAUGAUCUAAAGUUUGAUAAUAUUCCAAAUCUUAUUAACUCUAUAACUGUCCAACUUACAGAAUUAGAAAACUUAAGCUCAGAUAAUCAAAAAUUAGGUAUUAACUUUCUAAAAGAGCAGCUAUCUUUACUUUUUACUCAAAAAAAUCAAAACCGAUACUCUACAGACUUUCUCAUUUUUUCUUCAUUGUUUUUAUCUAUAUCUCCUCAUGCAUAUAAUUUUUUGAGAAGCAGUGGUUAUGUUAUUCUACCGCAUCAUUCAACUAUAAAAAAAUUGAUUAUGUCAUAUGAUAUUAGUCCUAAAAAUGAAUCCACUGAGGAAAACUUCUUAUCUUACAUUAAACAGAAAUUUGAUUAUUUAACUGAUGCAGAUAAAACCGUUACUGUUAUGAUAGAUGAAGUCCAUUUAAAACCUUUUUUUGACUUUAAGGGUGGCGAUAUAUUAGGAGCAUCAUAUAAUUCUAUUGAGGCUGCUAACUCUGCCUAUGUUUAUAUGGUGCAGAGUGUGGAAUCAAGUUUCAAAGAUGUUGUAGCAAUAAUGCCAGUAAAAACCGUGAAUGCUGAUGCACUCUAUGAGUUUAUUAAAAAGACAUUAAUUGGUCUUGAAACUAUAGGUUUUCAUACAUUUUGUGUCAUAAGUGACAAUAAUUCUAUAAACCGCAAGGCAAUGUCCAAAUUUUCAACACCUCCUAAAGUUCAGGUUGAAUAUCCACACCCAUUUGAUAGCAGUAGAAAAUUAUUUUUUAUUAUUGAUAGUGUUCAUAUAAUUAAGUGUGUUAGGAACAAUUGGCUAAAUCAAAAAAAUUAUAAUUCUUGUAUGUUUUAUCCA